CUUCGACAAGAGUCGACGAAGCUUGGAACAAUCGGAAGAAAGCUACCAUGAUUCGGAGAGACGACACACUAUCCACAAUGUUCUGGUUCAAUCGUUGACGGAUCUCUCCCAACUCGCUGAAGGUUGGUGAGAGAGUAGAGAGGAGUUGGGGGCAUUGGGUUCUCAACCUUUUCCUCACCUCGAUGGACGGGCGCUGUGGUCGGUAGGGCCAGGGCGAAUGUGCGAAUUGGAUGAAGAAGAAAUUGUGCCUCUUUUGGCAGGGCCUUCUGAGUUCUUGCGGCCGAGCGAGCGACGGUCGCACGUGGACCAGUGGCAGGGGAGGCUUCGAGGCGGACCAACUUUUACUUCUCUUGGCUUCGAAGCAAGCUCGCUGAAGUUGUCGACAUGAUUGCCAGCAGCAUCGGUAGAGCGAAUGGCAUGCCCGCGAUGCGGCGCGUAGGCCUACAGACGCUCGCGCGGGAGUCAGAUGCUUCCCCGAACUCUGCGGUAACAAUGCCACCGUUGCUAAUCCCGAUGCGAAGCUAGGCCUCUCCUGAAGACGGGCGAUCUGGAGUCACUCCCGCUUUGGCCUGAAUCGUAUACAGGAAUGGGAUGGAGAGCUUCAGGACCAGCUAGCUGUUCUUUCGCGCCUCGAUCACGCGUUCACGGAUGCUGCAAUGGAGGCGUUGAUUCAUUUGCGCGGAUGUGAAUUUCGGAGAGGUUCGAUUCAGACUCUUCUGGACUAUGCCAAAUUUGAGAAAGAGUGCAGACCUAGACGACGGCUAGAGAGUGGAAGCACAUGUACGAGUUCUGGCAGGUGGUGAUGCUGCUUACUCUAGCUCGGCGACGGGCAAGCAAGGGCUUCAGUGCGAGCGAUUAAUUUCGUGGCAGGUCAAUUCCCAAGAUGUGGUCGUUGUUGAAGCUGAAGAAGAAGGGCCGAAAACCCGCAGAGGCAGUGAAUUAUCCUAAGGACUGGCCAAGCCCUGCGAAACCUGAGCCGGCGUAUCCAAUCAAGGUGAAUGAAUCCGUGUUCGAGCUGUACGCACCGGUAGGCCAAGCGCAGCUGGACAUCGUCUUCUUCCACGGUCUGCAGAUCGGCACUUACAAGACUGCCUUCGUGGAGACUUGGCAAUCGGGUUCUCAUUGUUGGCCGAGGACAUGGCUUCCGGUGGAUUUUCCUAACGCGCGAAUCCUGUCGAUCUCGUAUGAUUCGAGUGCGAGGAGGAGUAAAGUUGAGGGGAGGGUCGAUUUAAAGCAGUUGGGUGAGAUUCUCCUGGAAGAUGUCAUUUGUUCGGCUGCUGUCGGUGAAAAGUGCCCGGUCAUUAUGGUCGGGCACAGCCUCGGGGGAAUCGUCAUCAAGCAGCUGUGUCUGGAAGCCGAGAGGAAUAUGAACACCCAUGUCCACCGCAAUAAGUACGUGAAGAAGUUUCUGAAACACUUGAAGGGCAUUUUCUACUUUUCUGUUCCUCAUGGAGGUUCGCAGCUGGCAAACCUGGCCAAGAAUUACAUUCCAAGUCCUGGAGCCAUGCUGGACUACCUGACAGUGCUGAGCACACACACUGAGGAAAUCAAUGAGGCGUUUGUCAAGCUGCGCAAGGCACACAAAUGGAGAGCAAUGGCCGUCUCAGAGAAUGUCAUCACACGAAUCGGCCCUUUCCGAGCAAUUGUGGUGACACAGGAAUCAGCCAGCCGGGAUGUGGACGAAUUCAUUCUUCUCGAGGAGGAUCACGUUUCUAUCUGCAAACCGAAAAGCCCAGACUCGCCCAGUUACGUGCACUUCAAAAACUUCGUAAUUACAGUUAUUUAUUGACACUCAAUCGGUCGAGAUGCAGCCUUGAACCUGGUGGGAGUCAUACGAGAUGAAUACCGGACAUGUAAAUAUGAGAUUUCUAUAUUGAAAUCAUGAAAAUCAUGAAGCAUCGAAAACUGGUCAAUAGGUUAAGGGUAUUCUAGUGUCCUCUUACACCUUGUUUUCCAUUCCUCCAUUAUUAUCUGUCAUACCAACUAGGAUCAACUUGCGGCUAAUCCCGCGAUUUCGAGGUAUCUUCAGGUGAUCUGUCAAAAGUGAAGAUCAACUUUCCUCUGAUGCAAGCGUAGUGUCAUCGAUCAGGGAAAAGAUUAAAUGGACCCACUCUGUUUUCGGCACCACGUAAAUACAACAACAGAAACUAUUUCGCGACGAAGAGACGAGUUUGUGCUCGGACAUGUGUUUGCGUAGGUGCACAUCCGGUUGAAAGAGAUGGCACCAGUGCUUUAGUUACCCUCUCCUGUGCUUCCAGGGAAGAACCCUGUCGUUGAUAUUCCUGUUGUGCAUACAUUCGUACGACGGCUGUUAAGUAACUACUAAAGUAAAAGGAAGGAGACAGUUUGGUGAUCUUCGCCCGGUUUUAGUCCCACAAUUUUUGGUCUUGGGCAUGCGCCAUUGUACUUUCGUCACUACUCAGUAGACAAUUCAGUCACACGACUACUCAACAAUAGCAAAAAAGCG